AUGAUUCGAUUAACAGUUUCAAUUCUAUUUCUGAUAUACCCAUUGUCGCGUGCGUCUAUUGACAGUAAUGAUAUUAAUAGGUAUACGUACAAUUGUACGCAUAAAGACGGUGAGUGCGCGAAACAAAAGGUGAAUGUGGACUUUGAAUUGUGUGCAUCAAAAGUUUGUAUUUACAAGUGCUGCCCUAGAGAUCAGGUGGUGCUUUAUUCAGAGUGUGUACAGGCGAAAGCGGGGAAUUUGUCUGAUGUGGACGUGUAUGACUAUUACUUGAAUAAGGCUAAGAGGAAGUUUAAUGAAAUUUUUCAUGUGAUAACGAAUAAAUACGCGAAUAGAGUGUUUGCUGAGAGUGCAUACCUUGCGAUUUUCAUCGGUGGCGAUGUUUAUUUGGAAGAGAGUGGAAGUUUAUAUGUGGAGAUGCCAAAUCAGUAUAGAAGAUGGAUACAGAUAACGAACAAAGAUUUCUGCAUAGAUUACUCGAUGACGGAGAACGACACACUCUCAGAUUCGCCCCAGUUCUUCGUAAAUUAUCAAGCAGAGCCUCCUAGACAAAAGCAAUCUACUAUAUAUGUCGUAGCUUUGGGAAUAUCAUCUGUAUUUCUUUUCCUGGUACUCCUCAUAUACAUCUUACUACCGGAGGCUCAGAACUUAGUAGGCAAGAUUCGUAUGUGCUACGUUAGUAGUUAUAUUGGGUAUUUUGUUUCUGUGGCGGUUGUUCUGGAUGGUUCACAUUCGGAGACAACAUGCAAAAUUUUGUCAUUCAUUGCAUAUUUCUCCAUCAUAGCAACGUGCUGUUGGAUGAACAUCAUGUCGUAUGAUAUCUGGUCGACAUUUCGAACUAGAGGAAGUACAAAGUUUUCUGGGUCCAGUGAGAGGCGGAGAAUAGAAAAGAGGAAAUUCCGUCGAUACUGCUGUUACGGAUGGGGAAUUCCACUAAGCAUGGCCGCUGGUCUGAUGAUAAUCAACUCCCUUGACCUUUCUGGUCUGCCUUGGUUCAUCACACCACAGAUUCCAACUUGGGGAUGCUUUUUAAUAGACGGCCAGCAAUUCGUAUACAUGUACAUACCGAUGAUGAUUCUUGUGGGCGGGAACUGUUUAUUGUUUCUGCUGACUGCGUGCAGUAUUUGGGAGUCAAUGAGAGGAAAUGAAGUGCUGGGACCAGCUGCAACUAAGCGACAACAACAAAGGUUCAAGAUAUGCGUGCGGCUGUCAGUGACAAUGGGUGUGAGUUGGAUAUGGGAAGUGAUUAGUUUCCUGGUACCAGCUGCUGAUGAGUUUGCCCUGUACCUUGACCUGUAUAAUGGCUGCAUUGGAUUCUUGAUCUUCCUCAUCUUCGUUUGCAAUAGACGCAAACUAGCUCACCUCAAAGCAAGAUUUCAAUCAUGGCGUCACCCGAAAUCUUUCAAUCAGAAUACGAGUAACGAUUCGCAAGCUGUGGCGAUGAAGAGAUUGGACAACUCUUUAAGCACUGUCGAGUUUUAG